AUGAUUACUGAUCAUGCUAGCAUCGCAGCCCUUCUCAUCGACUACGUCUAUACCGGCCAAGUGGAGAUGACGCAAGCCAAUGCCAAAGGUUUGGUAAUGCUUGCACGGAUUCUUGACCUUCCUUUCCUGGAACACUGGGGAGCGGAAUUUAUGGCCAGCAGGUAAAUCUCCUUCCGAUACUCCUAUUCACCUGUCCGCCAUAAAGUGUUAAUUCGGAAAAUCUGGCAGUCACGUGGGACUUUGCCAGGUCUCUGAAUAUUCGAGUACUGUCGGAAGCCUGCAUCCACCACAUGAAAACGCACUUUGAAAGUUUCGUCUGCAGUGAUCUUUUUGUUCGGCUGCCAGCCGACACCGUGCUCGCAUUGUUGCGAAGCGAAGACCUAGCGAUUGAAUCCGAGGAGGAGGUGUUUGAGGCUAUUUCACGUUGGGUAAGUCCAUGUGUGGACGGCGACAGGGAGAAGCUGACACUACACGCUGCGACGAUGCUGAGACAUGUUCAGUGGCAUCGGACGACUGUUCAGUUCCGCAAACGUCUGAUGGAGUCUCAUCCAAUAUUUCAGAAUAGCCUCGAGUUUGCGUAAGUAUAUGACACCCAAAAUCAUAUGGAAGUCAAUUUCUGGUUCUAGUUGAGCAGUGGAUUGGCGCUGAGGGUGGGAACAAGCCACCAUGUCCCUUUAACAUACUUAGUCGCCGCAUGAGUCCGCCUCAGUCAUUCGUAAUCUACGGAAUGGAGAAAAAUGAGAACAAGUGGUCGGUCUUCCUUUUUGAUUCGAGCCUGCGAAAGGCGGAAAGAAUAGGUUUCGUGGGACUACGCUAUGGUGCCUCUUUCAGCGUCGUGGGGGGUAAGUUGCCGGAGUUUCGCUCAAAGUGCCACUUGAAAUACGCAUGUUUGAUAAAUUUCUGCAUACACGUCUCACAUCGACGCACCAAAUUUCAAAAUUUUUCAUAUUGCUGCAAUUGCUGCAUUUAAGUUUAAGGCCUCACAUCUGUCCCUAGUAAAACAAUCCAUUUCAAAUUUUAAAUUUUCGGCAAAUAGAACAUUUUAGUGGAUAUGGUCCCCCUGUUUCCUAGAUUUUCCUUGACGUCAAUUUCAUCAAUAUCAGAACGUUCUAUUUUGAAAAUAUGGGGUGCCAAGGCAUUUAUAUGAAGAACUGUACGAUUUUGGUAGUAAGUAAUAAAUACAAAACAGGCUACCUUUUCCGGAAAUAUGACGAAUCACAAACCUAAGUCGAUGUCGAGAUGUUUAGCGACUGCUUAUUUUUAGAAAAUUUUCACCACUUGUCUCCCUAGGAAAGCGAUUCUAAAAAUCCCCGGUAAUUAUAUAGCAAUUUUCUUAAAUUUACUGGCCAUCGCCUAUUUUGGCAGACAGGAUCAGGAAUAAGUAUAUCGUACAACGCAAAGUAUCUUUAGAACAACAAUAAAUAUGGCCAGUAUUACAAAACAGCAUGAUUAUUAAAUUUCCUCAAAAAAUACCUUUGAUUAUAUCACUCACUGUUUCUCCUGUUUACCCAGACACUAUUUAAAAAGGUUGCCGUGUCACAUUUUGAGCCUGCUUUCCCAACUCGUCGCGGAACCUGCGGCGAACGCAUAAAGUAACGGCUAACUUCUUAACCGAACCGAACAAAAGACACCUUGUUUACCUUCAUUUUGUGCCAAUACGCGUGCAUUGCGCUCUGUCUGCCCGCAGAGCUUGGACACGUGGAUCAUCGGUUGUCCUUGAAAAUUGUCUGUGUUCCAGCCUCCAAUCUCUGUUGUUGUUGGUCAAAAACCUGGUUAUUUUUUAUGUGGACCAGGGGGUGUGGAGUGGAACGCCGAGGUGUGAGCUAGGCCGUGACAUCCGCCUGCGCCCUCCCCCGUUUCCGGUUUUCUUGACUCUGUCUUGACACCGGACUCAGGCGGGGGAGGAGAGAGUGUGAUAGAUGCGGCGCAAGUCAACUCGCACAAUAAACCCCGCGCAAGUCACCGCCCCUGCUAUCAGCCUGCUGUGAAGCACACGGUGGGCAUCGUCGAAGCCGACGGUCGAACUCUCGUGUGUGUGUGUGUGUGUGUGUGUGUGUGUGUGUGCGUGUGUGUGUGUGUGUGCGUGUUUGUGUUCAGUCCACUCAGUCAGCCCAGUCGUGUGUGUUUGUGUGGAGUAGCGGACUGGUGGGCUGAGAGCCAAGCUGUCACGGCUCCUUCUUGAGGUGACCUCUGGCACUCUCACGCACGUGAGGGGUGUAUGCGUAUUCGUGAGUAGUGUCUCUCAGUCGACGACUGACUGAUUGCCCAGCCCUUGAAGAGUGACGGUCCAGGCUAAAUGCUGGGCUGAAUGUCACCCGUCUGGACCUCAAGAUAUGUAAGCACCUUCCAUGUUGUGAUCAGCAAAGUAUGGCCAUCCCAGCCCUGGAGUGCGCUGGCAGUUCUCUGGCACCUAAUUCCCUGCCGGUAGAUGCGCUUGCCCUUCCGCUGGGUUUUCAGAUGGUGAAAAUGGCUGUCCAAUCGUCCUCGUUUAUCUGACCCCUUUUGGCGCCUGCACACUCUCCCACCUCCGGACUUCUUAGCUAUUUCUUGACACCUGGCCCAGGUGGAGGAGAAGGAGAAAGUGCGGUAGAUGUUGUGCAAGUCCACCCUCACUAAAAACUAAUUCACGCGAAAGUCACCAUAUCUGCUUUACCUUGCUCUGGAGCACACGGUGGACAUCGUCGGACACGACGGUCGGACUGCCGUGUAUGUGUAUGUGUGUGUGUGUGUGUGAUUGUGCCCUCCAAACGGGCGACGUGUUAGAUGCGCUGGACCAAGACGGAGGCCACAUCGCAUUCUGGCAGGCGCUAUCUGUGCGCAAUAGCAAAUGCCAGCAUCUAGGGUGUGCGUUGGCAGACCCUGUUAUCGGCGGUCAUUGCACAGACUGGGAUCACUACCACCACCCCAUUGUUUUGUGGUCAAAAUCCUGGUCAUUUGUGUGUGGACCAGGGGGUGCGGAGUGGAGCGCCAAGGCGAGGAUCCGUCCGAGCCAUCCACCUGCGGCCUCCCUCGUCUCCGGUCUUCUUGACUCUGUCUUGACACUGGGCUCAGGCGGGGGAGCAGGAGAGAGUGUAGGUAGAUGCAGCGCAAGUCUACUGGCACUAUAAACCCCAGCGAAAGUCACCGUCCCUGCUCCCACCAUCUGCUGUGAGGCACACGGUGGACAUCGUCUAAAUCAACGGUCGAACUAUUGCGUGUGCGUGAUGUACCACUUGACGUGUCCAUAGACGCAAGUCAGAUCUCCGAACACUUCGAGAAUUUUUGGUUUUUGCAAACAGCAAAAAUGUGCAUUCUAGCCAACACAUCUGCAUCCAAUAAGCGUGAGUCUACUCGAGUGGGAUAGUCUUGCUUCCGUCUCGUUAACUGGUGUCCAUGAAUACGAAUGCAAGUAAAUUUAGGCAGAAUGUUAUCACCGACGAAGACAAGGGAGGUUCUCUUGUCUUUGUCGGUAAUAACACUCUGCCUAUAUCAUGCGCUGCUGUGCGGCUGCUGGUUGGGCUCGAGAGAGAGCCCAUAAGACACAACGGAAUGAGUGAGUUCCGUAAGAACGGUCGGUGAGCGUCCCCUACCUUCAGACAUAUGUCCAUUUCAGGGUAAAAACUUAAAAAGCUAGGUUCUUGCUCUUCGACAACUUCGUUGGUCACAGCAGUGGAUGCUAGUCCUCUUCAGUAAGUCGGCGACAGGGCUCCGUUUGUAAAUGACAAAACGAUUUCUUUCUUGUUUUCAAAAAAUUGUGUGCGCUCUUAAUUGUGAGAAGUUUGGUUAUCAAGUGACCGCCAUCCUUUGCAGAUACGAGGACUUUAGGAAAUGUGAACUGUCCACUAACCUUGGCUUUCAAAGUAAAUUCAACUUCUCAAACGAAGAGGUUAGAAUUCGCUUUCGGCAAAUUAGGUUGAUCCUUUUUCACGACAGCAAUGGAAUCAACUGCAUCGCGCUUUUCCAAUAUCAAGCAAAUCGUGGGAAGAACCGUUGUUUCCAGCAUCUACGCAAUUUCUUCCUUAGAAUACCAAAAAUGUGUUUGUGCAUUGGUUUAUGCACAUGAAUCAAAUUGAAAAAAACAAGUUUAUACUGCCUGAGUACACUUCCAUACUAUGUUUAGUAAGUUAUCACGAGUUACGCCACUUAAGUAAUCGUCCGCCGGCUUUCUGUUUUUCUUGACAUCUGUCUUCAUCUUUAUAAAAUUCCUGAUUAUUGCCAAUUUGUAUUCGUAUUUUUUUCUUUCAUUGCACUUCGAAAGAGAGCCUUUUCGCAGUUGGCGGAUGGAAUGAGAAUCAGUAUGCCUCCAAAGAUGUCAAUGAGUUUCUGGUAAGGGAACAAAGCUGGCGCCAACGACCCUCUCUCAUAGUUCCGCGUUUUGAUCACGCAGCUGCAGUCGUCAGCGUUCACACUGGAGACAAUGAAGGGAAAGCAAAUACCCUGAUUGGUAUUUUUGGUGGAUCCGUUAGGCGCGGGGACACUUAUAGACGCCUCCGUUGUUGCGAAGUUUAUGACGUGAACCGCGACAGGUGGGAAUAUUUAUGAUGCACCUUUCCGAUUUUUUUAAAAAAAAUUAUCGUUAAUUCACAAUUUCCUGCUUUGCAUCUCCCUCCCGCGGCCUCAUCAGAUGGCAUAAAUUGCCCAAUCUGCGGGAGAAGAGGUGUGGCGCAGCUGCUGCCGUCCUACCCGACGACAAUCGAGUCUUCCUGUUUGGCGGUCGCAGUGACGCCGGCGUGAGUGCGUCAGUGGAGUUCUGCCAAUUGCGCACACUUUGGCCAGAAGCAUCGACCUUUGAGAUAGACAGGAACUUCUGGCUACCGGCUGCCCCCAUGAGAACUGCGCGGGCCUUCCUUGCAGCUGCGCACUUCAGAGGAAGAAUCAUUGUCGCCGGCGGAUGGGAUUACCGGGAGGAUGUCAACGUUGUAGAAAUGUUUUCACCACCGGACGCCGUGCGCCCCCUCGGCCAAUGGACUGAGCUUGCUGCAAUGAAACAGCCUCGCGCGUUUUCUGCUAUUCUAACCUCUGUCGACUCGGUCUUUGUCCUUGGUAAGGACAGUUAG